AUGGCUUCCCUAGCCAACGGCGCCCACGCCCACGCCCAUGCCAGUGACCCCGGCGAUCUGUCCGACGACAAGCUUGAAGCCGCUGGUGACAACGUCAACGUGCUCCGCCUGUCGGCCCAGUACCGGCACGCUGGCGACAACAGCCCCCCGCGCGUCCAGCAACUCGAGCUCUGCUUCCACGACUGGGCCGCCGACAACCCCGUGGCGCUGCACUGUGGCGGCAACGCCAACAAGAUCGGCGUCGACUCGCCCGCCGACCAGCCCGCCCGGAGCUCCCCUGCAGCGCCCUCGACGCCGGCACCAUUAACCUCAAGCCACGCUCCGUCGCCGCCCCGCACCUACUCCGCCACGCCGCCUCGACGUGGCUCACCUGGUUGCUCCUAUGAGCCAUCACAACCUGGCCGCCACAGCCUGGCGUGCCGCCGUGCCUCCGCCGACCCCAGCCGCUGUCCCAGUCCCGACCGUGACUCCCUUGACCGCCGUAUUCAGCCCCCACCUGGCCGUCGUGGCCAUGGCCAGCGCCCACGCAGACAUAGCCGAGAUGCUUGCCAGUUUGCGUUACCUUCCCUUGCCGACGCUGCCACCCGCGCCCUCGCCCUCGAGACAAGCCUCGACGAGCUGCGCCACUGCGACACGCUGCUUCCGACCAGAACAGUGACGACUACAGCCCUGACCACCUCGAACCAUACGCAUGCCGCCGAGCGAGCCGUGACGCGCCCGAGCGAGUCGGCGCACCGGUGGAUACUCGCGACGGCCGACGGGUGCGGCGGAGCGGCUGGGGGCUUGCGACAACGACGACGCCUGGCACUUCUUCCGGUCGCCGUGGCCGAGCCGACGUGCGCCCCGUCGAGGGUCAUUGGUCCGCGCCGCAGCUCGCGCGCCCGGUCCAGGCUGCCGUCGCCGAUACCGUGCUCGACUACGCCGGCCCGAUUGCUGUUUCAGCGACAUGGCACUGGCCCUGUGGCUGUACUUCUCAAUGUACCACCCAGCGUGCGUCCUGACGACUGA